CACUGCGCUGUGACGUCAUAAGGCAGCGUCGCUCUCCUGCUUGUGUUGUUAUUCCACUGAUGAAAGUGUGUGGAUCUCAGCAGGAGUUUUCUGUGUUUGGACACACUAUUAUAAAGAUGGCGUUUAUUAAAGAGGAGAGUGAAGACGUGAAGAUUGAAGAAACAUUGAGAGUCAAACAAGAAGAUACUGAGGAACAAACAGACCUCAUGCCGCUGAAAGAGGAGCGCAUAGUACUGAAUGAAACUGAAGAGAAUGAACAAUAUGAGACGACUCAUGAUUUUAAAACUGGAGAAGAAUCUUUCUGUUGGCCACAGAUUAAAGAGACUUUCUCACAGAAGACUGCUCAUAAAACAGAAACUGAAAGUUAUUUUACACCUUUUCACUCUAAAAUGAGUUUCAAGGAACAUGAAAACCUGAAAGUACACAAUGGAGGGAAGACAUUCCCCUGCCAACAGUGUGGAAAGAGUUUUGAUUGUAAUGGAAACCUUAACAGGCACAUGAGAGUUCACACUGGAGAGAAGCCUCACAUCUGCCCUGAGUGUGGAAAGAGUUUUUAUCGUAAUGGAAACCUUAAAGAGCACAUGAGAGUUCACACUGGAGGAAAGCCUUUCCCCUGCAAACAGUGUGGAAAACGUUUUACUCAAAAAGGAAACCUUAACAGGCACAUAAGAGUUCACACUGGAGAGAAACCAUACACCUGCCAACAGUGUGGAAAGUGUUUCGAUCAUAAUGGAAACCUUAAAGUGCACAUGAGAAUUCACACUGGAGAGAAGUCUUUCACCUGUCAACAGUGUGGAUUCAAUUUCACUCUUAAAGGAAACCUUAAAUCCCACAUGAAAAUUCACACUGGAAAGAAGCCUUUCACCUGCCAACAGUGUGGAAAAAGUUUUACUCAAAAAGGAAACCUUAACAGGCACAUUAGAGUUCACACUGGAGAGAAACCAUACUCCUGUAAACAGUGCAGAGUCAGUUUCACUCAUGAUGGAACUCUGUACAGGCACAUGAGAGUUCACACUGGAGAGAGUUCCUUCACCUGCCAACAGUGUGGAAAAUGUUUUAGUAAAAAAUCAAACUGUAACAAGCACAUGAGAAAAUUACACGGCCUAUUUUCUACACAUUCUUGAUCAACACAUGAGGAUUCAACUGAGAGAACUUUUUUUUGUCAUCAGUGUGGAAGGAGUUUCUCAGACAGGAAUCAUGUAAUAAUGUUAUUUUGUGUAGGAAGCAGGAGUGAAGACCAGGGGCCUCAUUUAUAAAACUGUGCGUAGGAUCCUUACUAAAACUCUACGUACGCACAAAAGCCAAAAAUAGCGUACGCAAAAAAAUAUUCAGAUUUAUAAAACCAUGCGUACGCACACCUGCACGCAGUUUUCACUUUAUAAAUCACAGCCUACCUGAUAAUUUGCGCACGCAAAAAAAAAUAAUAAUUUACCGCCCUUAAUCCGCCCACAUUCAACCAUAUAUAGACAAUGCAAAUUACCUCAUUGGCCAUGCAUAUUAAAAGGAGCAAGGAAAUGUUUGUUUUUUUAAAAACAAAAUCAUGGCAGCAAUGGAGAGCAAAAGCAAGAAGCGAAAUUUCUCUGAGGCAGAAAUAGAGGUUCUUGUGAGUGAGGUGGACGAAAGGAAGGCUAUUUUGUUUGGUGGCCACAGCAGUGGAAUUACCAAUUAAAAAAAAUAUUUAGAGUGGCAACACAUCACUUCUGCGGUAAACGCAGUUGCUUCGGCAAACAGGACGGUUCCAGAUGUAAAAAAGAAGUGGUCCGAUCUUAAGGUGGGAGCAAAGAAAUGGCUUGCCUCUCACCGACAGAGUGUGUGUGCGACUGGUGGGGGCAAAGGCGUCCCCAAUGGAGACCCGAAUGGCCUCGAUUCUUGGCCAAACCAGUGUGUGUGGCAUUGUGUCUGAGAGGGAGGGAGACACAGAUGUGCUGGAUACAGGGGAACCAGGUAAAUAAAAUGUGUGCUCAAUUAAACAAAAUAAAUUAUACACUCAAAAAAGUCAACUAGCCACUUGUUUGAUUUGCAAAAUACAAAUAUGUCUGAUUAAUAAGAAUAUAACACGUUUACUUAUGUUAAAUGAUUCAUUCUUGUUAUUUGUAACUAAAUUAUUAUUCGAAGCAGUGCAAGUUUACUUGAUUUGAUAAGAUGCAUAAUGGGUGCUACGAAUAAAUCAUGUUCAUUCAACAAUUUAUUUUUUUUGAGUGUACAAUUGGUUUAGUCCUUAUUCUUGCAGAGUCUGCGGGAGACCAGUGUGACGAAACUCCCAGCGCAGAGUCUGCAGGGGCUAUGGAGUUUCCCGAGGUCCCCAGCACAAGUGCGUCCCAACCUUAUGGCACGGCGGGAAGUGGCCGGGUGCUGACUGAGGCUGUUCUGCAGACACAGAGAGACACCAUUAAUGCAAUUACUGUAAUCGCAGAUGAGCUUAAGCAAAUAAGGGUUGUGCAUCUACAUUAAAAGAUCCUGUUAAAAAAUGAACCUUUACACUGUUGUUCUUCACAAAUGGCGCAUUACUUCCUGACGGAGCCUUGCUCCCUGAUGAUGUCCUUCUUGUUGGGGAGGGGGGGUGACCGGGACCUAUGAGCAACUUUGAGUAUUGUAAAUUUUGAAAUAUGUCAAAGUAAGUUUUGCCAUUUUGCAAAGGGUUAAUUCCCUUUAUCCGCAGUCAGUUCCUCAACUCACCAUCAGUGUCGCCAAACUGCUUUGUCUUCAAAAUGUGCGUAAGCAUGGGUCAGAGUGUGUGUGGGUGCACAUAUUUUCACGUCAAGUUUUUCUUUAUAAAUCCCACCUUUUGCACAGGAACUGGCGUACGCAUGUUUUCAGCCCCGUUUUGUGCGUACGCAAGCUUUAUAAAUGAGGCCCCAGGGCUCAGUUCAGGGCUUCAGACGAAUUCUUCCCACUGGUCGCUCUUUUCCGACUAAUAAAUUACAGAAUGUUUAGCAAACACUGAGGAAUCGGAUAACCUUAAAAAAAUUCAAGCAUUCAUAAUGUAAUGUGAGGUAAGCAAGAUUUCAACUAAUUCAAGCUUUAGGGUUGUUUGGAAUAAAUAAUUUGUCACUUCAGGUUCUGUUAGGAAAUGGACCAAAACGAUCAAGAUUAUUUCAUGAAUUAUUUUCUUAAAAGAAACAAGACUGAUACUGAGGUAUGUAGUUAGGUAGUUAGCGUUAUUUUUAUUUAUUAUUAUUUACAUUAUUUAUAUAGUGAUCAAACUUUCAACCAUUAUGCACUCCACACUCCUAUCGAGUAGGUGGCGGGAAUGCAGCAUUUAAGUUGGUUUGCCUACUGCCAUUAACACAUUGGAAGAAGAUCACUUUUGCAAAUAAUUCACCACUGUUGGAAAAGCACUGUCUAAAGGUCCCUUAGG